GACCUGUAUUACCGACAGCGACGCUGUCAAUAACUUUCGAAGCGGCAAAAUGGGUAACGAUAUAAAACUUCCAGUUUCUCGUCGAACGCAGCUACUGGAGUCCCAAAAGGCCCUGCAAGCCGACGCUAGAGCCCUCAUAAUUCUCGAGAUUCAGAAAAUUUCCAACCAACUUGAAACCAUUGACAACCAAAUUCAAAGAGUGGAACGUAACAUAGCGCAAAUAAAUCAAAACAAUGAAUACUAUAAGAGGACUAUACAGGAUUUAUCAAAAACGCUGCACCAAUUGAACAUUGAGUGCCUGAACGAAAAACUGAGUGACGAGCGCUUCAUGGAGACAACAAACGCUCAUCUGCAAGAUCUGGAGGAACCUAACAACUAUGAAACAGCCCCCAUCCUAGACGAGUAUUCUUCGGCUAAAAUCGCCACAUUACAAAGUUCAGUGGACGCUUUAAACGCGACCAUAACAACCAACCAGGACUAUAUAGAAAAAAUAAUUACAAAAGUAACCCAAAAUUAAUAUUAUUUAUAAGUAAGAAAAUCGUUCUA